AUGUCGUGGAAUCAAUCGCAGCCAACCCAGCGCUACGCUCCAGUGCCAGGCUUUGAGGACAUGCGGCCACCCUCGAUGGUCGGCACCUCUUCUGUAAACACACCAUCGGUGGACAGCCGGUCUGGGAACGAUCUCGACGAGGUUCCUCCUGCCCACCGCGCUUCACUCUACUCGGACUCUUUCACGGAAGGUUCGCCCCAGUCAACCCCCCCUCCAGCCCAAGACUCUAUGAACCCAGGCUCAUUCGGACGACCUUAUCACAACCAGUACAAUCGCAUGCCCGAUCCAGGCAUGGCCGCAGGAGCUGGCGCGGCGGGCUACAGCGCCUCCCGCGGUGCGCAGCAGCCAUACGUCCCAGAUCAAUCGUACGGGAACGGUGGCGGUGGCGGAUACGGAGGCUACCUACCAAACAACGCCACUGGUAGUGGUUACAGCAACGGCGGCGGCCACACGCCGCAAUCGACCGACGGCAUGACGGCGGACCAGCUCUGGGAGAUGGAGCGCGUUGGUGGGGCCGGUGGGGCAAGCGGUGCUGCCAAGGAGCAGAACUACGCAUACGACGAGAAGCCCAAGAGCCGGAAGAAGUGGUGGUGGAUCAUCGGCGCGCUCAUUGUCAUUGCUGCGAUCGUCGCUGUCGUUGUCGCCGUUGUCCUUACGCAGACCGGGAAGAAGAGCGGCAGCUCGGGAUCUGGCUCCAAGUCUGGCAGCAGCGACGGUACCACGAUUAAGGACCCCAACGACCCCUCCAACUUUGACAAGGACCCCCGUCUCCACCAGGUCUUCUGGGGCAUGGCGUACCAGCCGGACGGCGCGAUCCCUCCCGCGUGCGGUGCAACGCUUGAUGCUGUCAUCAGAGACAUGCAGAUCGUGUCCCAGAUGACGACGCGCUUGCGACUGUACGGUUCCAACUGCAACAUGACGGCACUCGUGCUCGAGGCCAUCAAGCAGACCAAGGUCGACAUGGUGAUCUACCCCGCUAUCUACAUCGACAGCAACACGCAGGCGUACACUGAGCAGACGAACGCAGUUCUUGACGCGUUCCAGACGUACGGCGUCGACAAUGUCGAGGGCCUCGCCGUCGGCAACGAGUGGCUUCUUAACCAGGCAAACGAGGCGCCGAGCGGUGCAAAGUAUCUCAGCGACGUCAAACAGCUCCUCAGCUACGUCACCGAGGUCAAGACCAAGGUCCAGGCGCUUGGUCUCAGCAAGACGCUCCCCAUCGGCACCGGUGACGCCGGCUCUCUCUUCUCGGUUGCGCUCGCGCAAGGCCUCGACUUCUACAUGGCCAACGUCCACCCCUGGUUCGGGAAGGUGCCCAUCGACCAGGCCGCCACCUGGACAUGGGAUUACUUUAUGAACAACGACGUCAUUUACUCUCAGCAGGCCGCCAAUCAGCCGGCCAUGUACAUUGCUGAAACGGGCUGGCCGACCAAGUUCACUACGCCCAAGGGUGACGACACUGGCCAGACCUCGGGCAACCCUCCCAGCGACGCGACUGUGGCCCAGCUCCAGCAGUUCCUUGACACGUUCGUGUGCCAGGCCAACGCCAACCAGACUCACUACUUCUAUUUCGAGCCCUUCGACCAGGAGUGGAAGGAGCCGCUCUACGGCGGUGUCGAGCCCUACUGGGGCAUUUUCGACAAGGACCGCAACAUGAAGAACGUCACCAUCCCCUCCUGCCAGUAG